AUGAUCAUCCUUGUCCCUUCAACUUGCUUUACACAUGGUCCGGCGUUUCUCGACUUGCAGCACUUUACACCGCAACUGGCAUGGCGUUUUCGGCGUUUAAAGCGAUUCUCCAUUCUGGAUAAUGCCGUCAUUCUGUAUCAGCUUCAUCACGUCCACACGCAACAACAAGAGACUCCGUUCGUCAACGUGCUCCUUUUCCUUUUUCCUCCUUUCGCGAGCACCGAGUUCAGACAUGGACCUUGUUCUUGGACACUCAUGGCUCUUAUGCUGUUGCACCAUGGGCUUCUAUCCUAG